CCAUCCUCGGCCACCGUACUCCACGUCAUAUGUAAAUAGCUCCAGCUAGCCUGCAGUUAGCUGUCUCAGACUUAUAAUGGCGUUUACGCUGUACUCUCUAAUUCAAGCAGCUAUCCUGUGUGUAAACGCUGUCGCUGUGUUACACGAAGAAAGGUUCCUCAGUAAAAUCGGCUGGGGAGUGGACCAAAGCGUCGGAGGGUUUGGUGAUGAACCAGGCAUCAAAGUUCAGCUGAUGAACCUGAUCCGCUCUGUGAGGACAGUGAUGAGAGUGCCGCUUAUAGGCGUGAAUUCGGUCUGCAUUGUGCUGCUGCUUCUGUUCGGAUGAAGAACAGUCGACCCAGUCCGGGUGAAUCAGCCCACUGCCACAGGUCCGUCUGCUCGGGAACCACUCGGAAGAACCGGCUUCAUAACAACCCCAUGGCGAAGACCUGAAUCUGAAUGUUUCUUUCAACAACAAAUAAAGUCAGAACUCUGAUGACCCUUCCCCCAAAGAGUUGAUCAGCUAAAUACAAGUUUUACAAAUCACCAUCAGAGAUUUUGACUCUUAAAAGAACUCGCAAGAAAUUUGAAUCGGUUGUUGAAAAUAUUGUUUUUGUCCGAAUGCUCAGGAAUAAAGAGCUUUUCAGAUCACUCCGUCUUACAAAGUGUCACUGGAGAAAUUCCUGGAGGAAUUUGUUAUGUACUGUAAAAGUUAAAGGAUUCUUCUGGUUUUAUUUGUCAUUUUUAAAGAAUGCUAACUCAUUUUGUGCUGUGGAACUUCCUUUUGCUGUAAUAACAUAACCCAUGAAAUCCUUAAGUUUUAAAUAAUUUCCAUGCCUGUUA